UUGGGGACUGUCCCCAUCCCACCUCGGCGCGGCGGCGCGGGGCCUCGCCGGGUUUCCAUGGAGACCGGCUGCUAUUUUUUAUUAUUUUUUUUCCCCCCUAUUGCCGUUUUUCCUGCGAUUUCCAUCCCUCGGAGCCCGAGGGGCAGCGGGAGGAGGUGAGAGGAUUUGGGGACGCUCCGAGGGGACACCCCGCGACAAUCGGGUACCCCCGGCCGUGCCGGGACGCGCUGGCGGCUCCUCCCCGCGGCUGUCGGGGCCGGUUUUUUGGGAUGUGCCGCAGGAGAAAUCCGAUGCCGGGGAGAUUUGGGAUCCGCUUCCCAGGGAUUUUGAUCCCUCCCCGGCCUCCCCCCGGCAGAUAAACUCUUCGGGAAGCGGCUGCUCCAGGCCGGGCGUUACAUCAUGUCCCACAAGGCCUGGAUGAAAACCGUGCCCACGGAGAACUGCGAUGUGCUCAUGACAUUCCCGGACAGCACGGAUGACCACACGCUGCUAUGGCUGCUCAACCACAUCCGCCUGGGCAUCCCCGAGCUGAUCGUGCAGGUGCGGCACCACAAGCACACGCGCGUCUACGCCUUCUUCGUCACCGCCACUUACGAGAGGUGUGUCCUGUGUCCCCAGGGUCCCCAGGGUCCCCCGUGUCACCGGGGUGUCCCCAGGGU